AAUAAACAAAAUAAAAGAUAUCGAUAAAGGAAGUUCCACUUUCUUUGAAUUUGCAAUGACAUGCAUGCAAUGAUAUGGCCCAAACAUUUAGAAGACAGCUAUCUUCGGAAAGGACAAAGACAAAAGUAUGGGGACCUCUUACGAGGGAGCUGAUCAAAGUCUUUAAGGAGUUUUGUGAUUCUGAUCAACAUCUUCAUGAGAAAAACAUUAGGGAUGCCUGCAAUGCUCUGGAUCUCUAUCCUUCCACAUCUCAAGUACACGAGAUGAUGGUGUGUGCCAUGGACUAUGGCAGUCCCUGCAAGCCGGACCACUUCACGUUUGGAGAAUUCUGUGUGCUUGUGGCAGAGCUCAAGACAUACUAUCAGCUCAAUCCUAAACCACCGGUGCCUGUAAGUAUGGUCCGUAUCCGUGCUGAACGCAAUAUUGAUCGAAAGAAGCGAAGAGAAAGUCUUGUGCAUUUCGCAGUUUUCCUAGGUGGUUCAUGCAACCCUACAAAAUGGCGAGCAGAGAUCGCCAUACCCUUCUUCAAAGAGAAUGGAAUCACUUUCUACAAUCCACAGGUACAGAACUGGAAGCCGGAACUCAUGGAGUUGGAGGCUCAGGCAAAACAGAUGGCAGACAUUAUGUUCUUUGUGAUAGACUCUAAAACCAGGGCCAUAUCUUCCAUGAUUGAGGUUGCCUAUCUUGUAGCCACCCAGCGUCAGGUGGUGGUGACCAUGUGUGAGUACAAGUCCUCCAACAUCUGUGUGGACAGUGAGACCCUCACGGACAGUUAUAGACUUUUGCGCCGAUGUGAUAGCAUACCACCCCAAUGUGAGAUGUUGGACCUGGUAAAGGGUCGGCUGAUUCUCACCGAUCUUGUUGAGAGGAAUGGAGUCCCCAUAUUCACUGACGUUCGAAAGGCCCUGGCAUGUACUAAGACAAUUGUUAAACAGGGUUGCCAUGUUAGUGAGCUGACCCUGAAGGACGGGGCACACCCGGUCAAGCAUGGGCAUCUCAAGCUGGGAAGGGCACUCUUGGAACUUCGAGAGGCGUUCAACUCUGUGGACAGUGAAGACCUGGGAUGGCUGUCAUCUGAAGACGUAAGGCAUUAA